AUGUGGGGUGCAGGCCGAGACUCGCCGGUUCGGUGCCGGCCUGAAACUGCCCAGGCAUUCGGUGGUGGGGACACAUGUACCCAGAUGGGAAUCCAGUACGCCGAGAAGCCGAUAUGGGAGGUGGUGGUCGAGCUUCUUCACAGACUCAUUGGGUUGGUGCCUGCCUGCGCUGCGUUGCAUAGAUGUGCAGUGGUGGGGAAACUUGAAUGCAGGGGUGAUCAGCACACUUGGGUUCGAAACGAAUAUGGGUGGGAAGAUCGAGCUUCUUCGCAGACUCCAUUGGGUCUGUGCCUGCCUACAACUAUGCAUGGUUGUAACGUUAUAAUUAUGGCAGUGUGGCCAAGCUUCUUUGCAGACUCCAUUCGAUCGCACCGGGGACUAAUCGCAUUCUUCCGGCCGCGGGGGCUCUUUAUAUUUGCAAUCAUGACAUCUACUGUCACAAUUUCUGCCUUCUACUUGGCUUCUACCCCAUGCUUGACUACGCAUUGGGGUAAAGACGCGGUGUGGUGGCAAUUCUAUAUAGUGGUGCGACCGAGCUUCUUCGAAGACUCCAUUGGGUCUGUGCCUGCCUGCGUGAGGAGCUGUAGGUUUGGCGGUGGCGGAGGUCCUGUCGAUGCUGAUGCGGCCGGGCUUCUUCGCAGACUCCAUUGGGUCUGCGUGUCUGCGCCCGCAUGGAAGUGUCCGCGGUAG